CCGGUUUAUUGGAAAAAGGGGGAAAAUAACACCGUCGAAAGCUGCGAACUCCUACCUUUUAGUUCAUAAUUUCCCGAGGCGUUAAAGACCGUAAAUACUCCACGUUUAUUUUACAUUGCUUGUGAGUGAAAUUUGUCACCGGCUGGGAUUAACCGGUAACAUUUCAGGUGUAUUCUUGUUUCCCCGCCCAAUCCGGAAAACUCAGCCGAGUCGUCGUUAUUUUUAUUUUGUAAGGUGACGUGGAGUCGGAGCUCUUCUUCUUCUUCCACACUGGCCCAUGUGCGAAUAAAAGUACUCAGUGUACCCGGAUAUGAAGGUAGUGAUAUUACGUUUACACAAAGUAUCAAGAAUUUCCAAGAUGCUCGGCUGUAAGGCUGAAUCUUCACACUGAGCUCCAGUGUAGCGGAGAAGAGAGCAGCCUACUGGGGCCUGAAGUCCAAGGAAGCCGGCGGACAGACAGAUUUUGUUGGAUCUGGAGCAUCGGGACUGACGACGGAGAGAACGGGGCCAUGUGUCGUGGAACAGGACGCACGUCAGGUGGCUGUCAGAGGAUGAUGCUGCACUCUGUCUUGAUCCUGUUCUUGUUCUUAGGCUGGGCCCUUGGUUACAAGAUUGGAGACAAUGUGACUCUUUAUGUCAACAAAGUGGGCCCUUAUCAUAACCCCCAGGAGACAUAUCACUAUUACACAUUGCCUGUUUGCAGGCCGGAGAAGGUACAUCAUAAAUCUCUGAGCCUGGGAGAAGUGCUGGAUGGUGACAGAAUGGCUGAGUCUUUAUAUAACAUCCGCUUCAAAAAGAAUGUGGAGAAAACAAUUCUCUGCCAGCUCACUCUUUCAGAAAAACAGGUGGACGAGCUUCGUGAGGCCAUUGAGGAGCUGUACUACUUUGAAUUUGUCCUGGACGAUAUUCCAAUUUGGGGUUUUGUAGGAUACAUAGAGGAGAGUGGUUUCCUGCCUCACAGCCACAAGGUGGGUUUGUGGACUCACCUGGAUUUCAACAUUGAGUACAACGGCGACUAUGUGAUCUUUGCCAAUGUCUCAGUAAAAGACGUUAAGCCUGUUCCAUUAGAGGAGGGGGCAGGUGCAGCAGUGGGGGGUGUCGGAGUAGGAGGAGGCAGCCUGACGGUGACCCAUACCUACAGCGUGCACUGGUUUGAAUCAUCUCUGCCCUAUUCCCGGAGAGCCGAGCGUCUCAGAGACUACUCGUUCUUUCCCAAAACACUGGAGAUCCACUGGCUGUCCAUCAUUAACUCACUGGUGCUGGUGGUGCUGCUUCUUGGCUUCGUCAUCAUCAUUCUCAUGAGAGUCCUUAAGAACGACUUUGCUAGGUACAAUGUGGAAGAGGAGGGUGGCUGCGAUGAUCUGGACCAAGGAGACAAUGGUUGGAAAAUCAUCCAUACUGAUGUAUUUAGGUUUCCUCCUUUCAAAAGCUUGCUGUGUGCUGUGCUGGGAGUUGGGGCUCAGUUCCUUACCCUUGCCACAGCGAUAAUCCUCAUGGCAUUGCUGGGAAUGUUCAAUGUGCACCGCCAUGGCGCCAUCAAUUCAGCAUCCAUCGUCCUGUAUGCUCUGACCAGCUGUGUGUCAGGCUACGUCUCGUGCAGUUUCUACACACAGAUCAACGGCCAGCGCUGGGUGUGGAACAUCAUCCUCACAUCAUCUCUCUUCUCCGCUCCACUGUUCUUCACGUGGAGUGUAGUGAACUCUGUCCACUGGUGGAGCGGCUCUACUCAGGCUCUGCCGGCCACCACCGUGCUCCUGCUGCUGGGCGCUUGGUUGCUGGUGGGCUUCCCGCUAACAAUCAUUGGUGGCAUUGUGGGAAAGAACCGAGCUGGCAGCUUCCAGGCACCGUGCCGCACCCGUAAUAUCCCCAGACAGAUCCCGACUCAGCCCUGGUACAAACAUACGAUUGUGCACAUGGCCAUCGGUGGCUUCCUUCCCUUCAGUGCCAUCUCAGUGGAGCUGUACUACAUCUUUGCCACUGUUUGGGGAAGAGAGCACUACACGCUGUACGGUAUCCUGCUGUGUGUCUUCGCCAUUCUCCUGUCUGUGGGCGCCUGCAUCUCUGUGGCACUGACCUACUUCCUGCUGUCUGGCGAAGACUACCAAUGGUGGUGGAGGAGUGUGCUGAGCACGGGAUCCACCGGCAUCUUCAUCUUUGUCUACUCUGUUUUCUACUAUAGGAACCGGUCCUCUAUGAGCGGCCUGGUGCAAAGCACUGAGUUCUUUGGGUACUCCCUGCUCACAGCGAUGGUCUUCUCCCUGAUGCUGGGCAGCGUGUCCUUCUGGUCCUCAUUGGCAUUUAUUCGCUACAUCUAUCGUAGCCUCAAGAUGGACUAGAAAUUCAAUUUGAAACACGCAACUUAAAACAGACAUUUCCACUUAGCACACAAAGACAAUCUUCAUUCUCCUCUUUUGCUUUUUCACUCAUACACACCUGUUGCAUUAAAGUGAGGAGAAACAGGGGCCUUUUCCUUGAUUUAAAAGGGGUUAAUAGUUAAACUUGGACAGCGUGCUGGAUUGGUGAAAGCUCAGAUGAGUAUGGGGCUGGAAUCGCAUAGAUUUAUGAUAAAAGGGGAUAUUUCAACACAAAGGGAUGAUUGCUUCCCAUCAGGGAUAAAUGGGUAAAUUGUUGGAUUUGCUACGUGAGUGAAUGGAUUUUUUCAGACUGUGCAGCAUCUGAUUCCCGCUUCAUGGUCCAUCACAGUUAUGCUGGAGCUAUAUGUCCUAAAUUUCCCACAAUAUACUUUACCUACUGAGACCAGCAGAAUGGUACUGUAGUUUUGGCUUAUUGUGCAAGAGUUAUUAAUAAACGCAUUGUUUUGCACUGGCCUGUUUGAGCUCCACAUGGCCUUGCAGCGGAUAAAAAGAAUGAUGCCUUUUAGAUUGAAGUUGGUGGGGAAUGGGGCAAUAUUGUAACUGUAUUCUGUGGUCUCCAUUGACUGUGAUUUUGGUUCUGAUGUAAAUAUAGUCUUUACAGUAAAACUCUUUUUAAUACAAUA